CAGUUAUGAUUUCGCUGUGUGAAGUCUUUCACCUGUUUCUCCAGAAGUAUAAAGAGAGAGAAUCGAGGGACUUUUGAAUUUAUUCCACUUCCAGUAUGGCAUUUUUAGUUGGCUUUUCUCUGUUUUGUGUUGGCAGCGUUUUCGCUCAUCCUUUCACUCAUUUAGGCGAUCUUCCUUUGGAAAACCCUGAUUUAUUUGGUGGCGAUAUUCUUCUUCAAGAUCCAGAGGACAGAAAUGCCGUUGUCAGCAAAUUUCAAGUUUGGCCUGGAGGAAUUGUACCAUACGAAGAAGACCCUGGCCUCAAUAAGACCGUCAUGAGGUUCAUCCUGGAACGUGCAUUUAACCAUUACUUAAAGCAUACGUGCAUCAAGUUCGUGCCUCGCACCAACGAACAUGACUACAUUCGAAUAUUCCCAGGUCAAGGCUGCUACUCGUACGUCGGGAGAGUGGGAGGCCAGCAGCCCGUGUCCUUGGGCCUUGGAUGCGGUUGGGAGGCCACCAUCAUCCACGAGCUGGGGCACGCCGUCGGAUUCUACCACGAGCAGAAUAGGUCGGACAGGGAUGACUACCUCACGAUCUACUGGGAAAACAUCAAGGAAGGCGCUGAAGACCAGUUCAUGAAGCUGAAGCCCAACCAGAACCAACUGCUGACUCCCUUCGACUAUGAGUCCAUCAUGUUGUACGGCUCCAUGAGUUUCUCCAAGGACCGCAAAAAGCUGAGAACAAUGGAAGGCAAGAACGGAGAAUAUCUUAGAGAUGUAUUUUCCAAGGGAAAACUCAGCCCCAGCGACAUACAAAGGAUCAAGAAGCUCUAUAAAUGCUAGAAGCAUAAAUAAAAAUUAAAAAAAAACAAAUUCAAAUCGUUUCUUCAUUUUUUAAACAAAUAAAUAUAAUUUAAGGCUGA